GAAAGAAAGAAAGAAAGAAAGAAAUAAAGAAAGAAAGAAAGAAAGAAAGAAAGGGUUAUGUUUGGAUGUACGGCAUUGAAGAACGGCCCGGCGCCAGUCGUGGAGUGUACCAUGUCACCGCUUACGGGAAACUUACCGACGAAACACAACAACAACAACAACAACAACAAUAACAACAACAACAACAACAACAACAAUAAUAAUAAUAAUAAUAAUAAUAAUAAUAAUAGCAAUCAUCGACUGAAGCGUCCAGCCCAACAAGAACUACACCCUCAACUUCAACCAAAGUUGCAAUUGCAGAUACAACCACAGCGAAAACUACAGUCCCAACAACAAUCUCAACUGCGGUCCCAAGCGCACCUGCAAAAACCUCAGCAACUACAGCACCUACCACAGUUGCAACCGCAACUACUACUGGUAUUACAAGGAGGACAAUCGCAUCUACAGCCGAAACUGUCGCACAAGCCACAGCAAUCACAACCGCGGUCCGAACGACUGCUACUGCCACCGCAACAACAAUCACAACAACCUCAAGUACAGCUACAGAUAUAUCGGCAGAAACACCAACAUAUACAACAACGACAAAAACAACAACAUCGUCAUCAGCAGCAGCAAUAUUCCCAUAAAAACAGUAACAACAACAACAACAGUAAUAAAAUCUCCAAACACGGCAGCGGGUCCAGUAUAAACAACACUUGCAAUAACAUCGGCAAUAGUAGUGGUGGUGGUAGUAGUAGUAGUAGUAGUGGUAGAGGUAGUGGUAGUGGUAGUGACAGUAGUGGUGGUAGUGGCGCUGACGACUACAACAACAGCAGCAGCAGCAGUCACUGCAAGAACAAGAGUGGCAUUAAUAACAAUAAUAAUAAUAAUAAUAAUAAUAAUAAUAAUAAUAAUAACAAUAAUAAUAAUAAUAACAGUAAUAAUAAUUAUCUGUAUACAAAUGUAAGCGAUUGUAACAACACUCGUAGCAACAUCACCAACAUCGCCAGCAGCAGCGGUAGUAGUAGUAGUAGUAGUAGUAGUAGUAGUAGUAGUAGUAGUAGUAGUGGUGGUGGUGGUGGUGGUGGCGGCGGUAGGAGCAGCCACAGCAGUAGAGGCGGUGGCGGCGGCGGCGGCGGCGGCGUCAGCGUGAACAUAAGCGCGAGUGGUAGCGACGGCGGCGGCGUUGCCAAUUGCGGCUGUUGUGUUAUUAACAACAUGAAAAUGCACAUGAGCGGGUCCGCAGCAAUGGCUUUGGACAACGUGUUGAUUACGACGGAUUCGUAUAACGAAUUUAGACAGAUGGCCGACAUUAAUAACACGCGGUGCCGAGCGCACCUUACCACAUACAACACCAGCACCACCACAAACACCACAAACACCAACACCAACACCGUAACUACCACUACAAACACGACCACAAGCAACAACAUCAACUGCUAUAGUACGAAUAACAACAACAUCCACAGUGGUGGCAAUAUUACCGGCAAAAACAACAACAACAAUAAUAAUAAUAAUAAUAAUAAUAAUGAUAAUAAUAAUAGUAGUAGUAAUAAUAACAACAACAAAAGCAUUGCUACCACGGUCACCACAACCAACAACAACCACAACAACCACAACAGCAUCACCACUACAGCCACCACCACCACCACCACCACUACUACAACUAACAAGUACAACAACAACCACGCAAUCACUGCUGCAGCUGUUGCUGCUGGUGCCGCCACUGCGACCGUUGCACGCCAGAUCAUCCCAGCACUGCCAACAACAACAACAACACUAACAACGAGCUACAACAACACUAUAGCGACCAGCUACACAAUCACCCCUAACAACAACAACAACAACAACAACAACAUCCUCAUCAAUACUAAUACUAAUAAUAAUAAUAAUAAUAAUAAUAAUAAUAAUAAUAAAUUUAAUACUAAUAUUAUUGCUGCUAUUACUACUACUAAUACUACAUCAACAAUCAAGAGUGGAGUACAAUCUUCGAUGGAUCAUGUAGGAGCGAUUCGUGGUGAUUAUCCUACAACUGCGAUUAGUCCAGGACCUUGUACAGCCGGUCACAUUACUGGACAAACUAUGAAAAGGAAUACCACGUCCAUUACCAGCCGGACAUCUAACAAUACACGGAAUUUAAGGGCCAGAUCUUUAAGAGAUUCCAUUUUGAGGCUAGCAACGCAGCCAAAGAAUAGACUGUCCGCGUCAAAAAGCUCGCGGGCCUUCACAGAAAAAGUUCGCUACAAACGCAAAACGCUACAGAUGAUGUCCCGUCCGUUAAAACGAUGGCUGCAGGAGAACAGUAAAAAUCCUUAUCCGUCCCGAGCUGUUAAACAGACACUAGCAAAACGUUCACAGAUGACGCUGACACAAGUAUCAAACUGGUUCGCCAACAUGCGACGACGCCUUAAGAAUACUGUUCCAUGUAGAGACGGAUCUUGGUCGACUCGAAUUACAAAGUACAACGACUUCGUGGAGGGCAAUGCAGAACGAUUUAGCGAUUGGUCAGACGGAGACAGCUGCGACCUCGAUGACACAGAUACAGCGGUUGCCACUGACAAUUCCACGACAUUCCCCAAAGAUACAGAUGUCAUAUCGGAAAACUAUUCGCUUCCUAGCGUGAAUAGCCACUCGCCCCCUGGAUGUCAGAAUUCUUCAUAUUCGUGUCUGAGUCUGAAUGGUGACGCUGGAAGUUCGAACGACACAGGUUCUCUAGACUCAUAUCUUUCUCACCCCAAAUUCAAACAAACAAUACUGCAGCGUUACUUGAAUGAUCAUACAGGAUUUCAUGUGGACACCAUCACAUCCACACGUGACAGGCGGGUAUCCGGUUCGUUGUGCUCGCGUGAUUACGAAGAAAUGUCAACCACGUCAUCAUCCUCACGCGCCAACGGCAAUAACCCGAAUGUGUUUGAAGAUGCAGAUUCUCCUGAAGAUCAAGAACAGUUUGUCACGAACGGGUAUGUUCUUUUUAUAGAUAUUAACCCUUUGGCACUUAAACUGGCCAUAUCCGACCCAAAUAUUCUACCAGAUUUAUGUUCAAAUUGCCCAGAUCAGGCAUCUCACACCUACCCUACAAUGUCAUUCUAAAAAUAUACAACCAUACUGUCAGAAUCCAAAAACUAUGAGAUAAUGAUUAACUAAUUCAAAACAAUGUGAAUACAUAUUCACUGCAUUUGGCAGAGUAGUCUGAAGGCUAGAGGGUUAAAGAUAUAACUCUAUUAUGUAAAUACUUGGGAUCU